CAGGCCCCAAUUUCCAGCUUUUCGUUGUUUCUUCCGCGCCAUGUCAAGCCCUGGGGGCGCUUCUGAAGGUGAUGAGCUGAAGGUACUGAGAACGUUGGAGGCCGAAGCGGAAGCCAAACUGAAGACCUGCGGCUGCCUGAUGCAGUCCUUGCAGAAAGCCGCCGAAGCAUUGAACGGCUGUGGAAAUACCUUGCAACGAGAGGUCCUUCAGUCAUCGCGGCCCUUGGCCAAGAGCUUUGCAGAGGAGGGAGGCGAGGAGGAGAUGCACCCCAGCGAGGAGUACAGUAGUUGCAUCUUCCGCGCUUGUGAAUCCUUGGGCGCUGCCUUGCUCACCUUGGCCGCAGCGCUCACCGGCGACUUGCUGACGCCUUUGAAUGAGCUCCGACGUCACAUGACCCAUGAGCGCAAAGAGCUUCAAGAAGAGUUGGAACGCCUGCAACAGCGGGAGAUGCUUUGCUGCGAAGCCAUGGCCGAAAGUGUGGCACGAAAGGAGAAGGUUUCGAGCGAGCUGCAGGAACGGCUGCAGCAGAGCCAAGAGAAAGGCCGCGAGAAACGCUUGGUCCGUUGGAUCCUCAAGAAGACCUCCAAGGCAGAAGGGAAGUUACAAGCUGCAGCUCAUGCUCAGACCGCCGCCGUGGAGGAACUGGCUGGAAGACUGGACCAGCUCGCCCUGGUGCAAUCCCAGCGGAGGGAAGCGGCAGAGGCCUUCAGCGGUUUGCUGGCGCGUUUGGCCCAGCAACGCUGGCAGCUCCUCCAGCACGGCUUGCAGAGCUGCCGUCGCGCUUGGAGCGAAGGUGCAGAGGUGCUGCAGGCGGCCUUUCGAGAGGUCGAGGAAGUUUCUGAGGCCGAGCGGGCCGAGCCGGCCGCGACGACGGCGCCGGACGAGCCCGCGGCCGACGCCUCUGCGCCCAGCUUCGGCCGCACCGAGCGUCCGGGCGACGCGGCGGAGCGCGAAGCGUCGCCGUCCGCGUCGGCGCCUUCGGCGGAUGCCUCGCCGGCGGCGAAGGCACGUGCCAGCGUGCCACCCUUGCGCUUGGCGGAUUUGCCAGCGGCCGAGGAGGUGAGUCUAAGUCUGAACACAGCCAGUUGCACUUCGGGCAGCAGUGGGGAGAUCUUGAAUUGCGAGGAGAGACAUUGUUCGCUGAGCGGGAAAUUGGACAAAGGUGAUCCCCUGCGCUGUGCCGCGGCCGCGGGCGCAGAGAGGGCCGUUCCUCGCGCCGCGCGCGAGGUGAGCCUCGAUGGAUCGGAGUGCAUGGCGGAGGACACGUGAGCUGCCGGUGCCUGGGCGGGUCUGCGGCUUUUGGCGGGUCGGGAUUGGAGGGGUCUGCUGAGGUCGAUAAAUUCAUGAAACACUGGAGUUGGUCAAAAGCAGUACUCAAGGAUGUAAAAGACCAGGGGUUUACUGAGUCUAUCUGAGUCUGACUGGACGUACAUAGGGUGAGAAGUGGAUUCUUGGGGGCCCCGUAGGGGUGUUUGGACUUGCGACCGAUGACGACGGCGUUUUCUGGGCAUCGAUGGCAUUCGGAAGACACACAGACAACGCCAACGCUGUCCAGCUACGCAGCCAUUGCCGAAACACACCCGACCACGUCAGCCCACCACGUGGAGUUCUUCCUGAAAAAAUCGCCAAGUGCAUCCAAGUGCCCAGUUCUUUCGCCUUAAGAUCCCAGUAAGCCAGGGGGAUGUGAUCUCAGUGGCCAACUGAAUGGGUCCAAGCAUGUGCCUGACGUCACUCCCGUGCCGCGGCGAAGGAAUGGACCCGUGCCGCGUCCCAACAUGGGACGCCCGGUGCUCGGUGCGAA